ACUUGAAGAGACUCUCACUCGGGUGGGAUCCAUCUGAACUGGAUUGAACCCACUGUCGACAAAACCUCAAGUGCCUAGUAAAAAUAAUUGUUACUACUUAACACCAGCCGACACUUUUUAAGGCAAACAAAAUACCCCUCCUCCAAAAUAACUUUAAUCAAUGCACACAAAUAUUUGUUUCCCCUUUUCACAAUGGGGUUUUGUUUUGGGGGGUACAAUGUUGUUAGUGUUAUUUAUUAAUGCAUUGUGAUUUACCAUGAAACAAACCAUACACCCAGUUGAGCUGAAAAAUUGUGGAACGGAACAUUUAGGGGAGAAACAUAACUGAAGGGAGACAAGAUCCGAGAAGAGAAACCGUGAUCGAACACUUGAGUUACUGUUACCGUUAUUUGUAGUUAUCAUAGUAAAUUGUUGUUCCGAAUUUCGUUUGUGCUGUCAAGAGGCGUUUGUUGAAAAGGGACGGUUCCCAAAGACUGGAAGAUAAAGAGGGGGCCUUAGUGGGUCUUCCUCUGUUGUGCCCAACGAAACAAGGUAGUGACUGGCUGCCACAGAAGCUUGAGGUGAGGAAGAAGAAGAGAAUGAAGAGCAAGGGAGGUGUAGAACUGAGUGGAAGGAAUGUCUUACAUAGGAAAUGGGCUCUUCUGCUUUGUGUGGCAAGCUUCUGUGCUGGAAUGUUCUUCACCAAUAGGAUAUGGUCAAUGGCUGAAUAUAAAGAAAUUUCAAGGGCUUCUACUGAGAUUGAAAGAAUAAAAUUAAACUCUGAGGGUUGUAAUCUAAAUCUAGUUGUAAGGCCUAACUCCAAUUACAGUCAAGUGGAAGUUUCAAAUACACAGAACGUUAUCACGAAAUCGAGGAAGUCAGAGACAGUUGAAUCAACUACAAGGAAAAAAUAUUUCAUGGUUAUAGGGAUCAAUACAGCUUUUAGUAGCAGGAAGCGCAGAGAUUCUGUUCGUGCAACUUGGAUGCCACGAGCUGAGGAAAGAAAGAAGUUGGAGGAAGAAAAGGGCAUAAUCAUACGAUUUGUUAUAGGUCACAGUUCUACAUCUGGUGGCAUUCUUGACAAAGCUAUUGAAGCAGAGGAGAGGCUUCAUGCUGACUUUUUGAGGCUGAACCACAUUGAGGGAUACCUAGAACUAUCAGCUAAGACAAAGAUCUACUUUUCAACUGCUGUUGCCUUGUGGGAUGCUGAAUUUUAUGUCAAAGUUGAUGAUGAUGUUCAUGUGAAUUUAGCAACACUUGGAUUGACUCUGUCUAUGCAUCGUAAGAAACCUCGGGUGUAUAUUGGGUGCAUGAAAUCUGGUCCUGUCCUUGCUCAAAAGGGAGUGAGAUACCAUGAACCCGAAUACUGGAAGUUUGGAGAGGUGGGAAACAAGUACUUUCGGCAUGCUACAGGACAAUUAUAUGCCAUUUCACAAGAUUUGGCUACUUAUAUAUCAAUAAAUCAGGGUAUGCUGCAUAAAUAUGCUAAUGAAGAUGUCUCAUUGGGAUCUUGGUUUAUUGGUUUAGAUGUGGAUCAUGUUGAUGAUAGGAGAAUGUGUUGUGGCACACCCCCUGAUUGCGAGUGGAAAGCACAGGCCGGUAACAUCUGCGUUGCUUCGUUUGAUUGGAAAUGCAGUGGGAUCUGCAGAUCUGUUGAGAGGAUGAAAGAAGUUCACCAGCGUUGUGGGGAGGAUGAAAACGCAUUGUGGAGUGGAACCUUCUAAAAACUAAAGAAGUAGUAGUGCAAUAUUCAGAAACCUGAAGAAGAAAAAAAACAUGAGUGGUGCAGUGCAGGCUAUACACGUAGUCUGAGACUAGUAGGAUGAUAUGAUAUGAUAUAGACAUAUAAGUGUAGCUGCUUGGGAGCCAAAGAGAAUGAAGAAGAAAGAGUAUAGUAGCAGCCAACCAAUCCAUUCUUUUGUUAAGUGGCUGGAGGGCUUUAUAUUCUAGUUCUCUGCCAUGUCUAACGCUUCAUAAUAAUUAUUACUUGUCUUACAAAAUCUAAUAUAAUUUUUUUUGUUCGUUCCCAAAA